CAAAGUUCCCCCCGGCUGAUUUAAACGUAUUUAUUCGUCGAUCAGCAGGUAAAUAAUUCGUCAGUCGUCAAUUAAUUCGUAAUUCGCAAUUUAACUUCGCCUUGCAAUUUCUGUCCACAAAUUUGUGAGUUUGAUUUGAUUCAAAGAACUACAACAGACAUAAAUAAUUUACCAAGAUGAAGUUGAGAUCAUCAUCUUCGACACUACAGGGAACCUUAAGCACGAUAGCUCCCUGCAAUUCCUUCAACGAUAACAGCGCCAUGUCGAAAGCUUUACAGAAUCCGUUGGUUCUCGACGUUAUUUUCGCUCAGCUCGACCUGUCCGACUUGAAGGUGAUUCGUCUCGUGUGUCGCGAGUGGGGCGACGUUGGCGCUGGGUUGUUAGGAAAACGAACCGUUCUCAAUGUGAACCAGCUAAUCCGCUACGAUGGGUCAAAGUUAUACCAAGCAACCCCCGUGCAUGACACACUCUUACGAAGUGUCAUCAUCCGGGACGAAUUCGACCCCUCCAUCCCUGCCAGGCGGACUGAUGACGUCAUCACCCAGGUUUUCUCGUCCAACGUAUCCCAAGUCACGAGAGAAGUCGCGUUUCACGUCACGCUGAAAAAAUACGCGACUGCUUUUCUCAAUGGUUUGAGGAGCCUGAAAGAAACGUCACACAUUCAACAUAUUACAAUCUUAAUCCGUUCGAGAAACCGAAAUCUGGACAAAUGUCGACUUCAAGCCCUACGAAAAUUACCCAUUCAACAUGACUUGACGUCACUAAAGUUUCAAAUUCAUCCAAGAAUGCGGUAUUGGGGAUCAGGCAUUCACUCGUUCCAGCCCCUCCUCCAAGUCUUGAUCGAUGUUUCCCCCAGUUUGACCUCUUUGGACGUCACGGCCUCUCUCUGUCCGAGUUUGGAAGGAUGUAAAAGCCUAAAAGUUUUGAAAUUCAGCUUCUCAAAUUGUAACAGCUUCGCUUGUCCCGGCUUCAAGUUGACCACUGUGACCACGAUGUUGACUCCGGUGAAGGAUUCGUUAAUUGAGCUGGAGUUAAGCUACGCCGAUAUUCAUGGGAAUGAUAGUAAUAGUCAGGGCCGGAAUUUGGACGCUCCCAUCAUGUCCAACCUUACCACGCUCACCCUCGAUGCGCCGUAUGAGUAUUUAAUCCCGGAUUUCUUUGACGUACAGCAUCUCCCAAAGCUGAAAAAUCUCUCGCUAAGAAACCAGGAGAUCGGGGGUCUGACCGGGUUAUCAAUCCAUCUCAAUUUAUGGAAGCGACACCCAGGAGUUGAAUCGUUGUCGCUGAAGACACACGGUUAUUGCAUGACUGGCGAUAAAUAUGGGGAACAGAUUGUUGGAUUGUUCCCGACAGUCAAGAAGCUGGAGUUGAUGUUGAAUCCCUGUGAAAAUUGCGUCAAGGAAUUAAUGGAAUCGUUGCAACUGUGGGACCUGGAAGAGGCCAAGCUUGUCGUGAGGUGUGAGAACGCUGCCUCCGGGGUGGUUGGUAUCCUAAGAAAUAUGGCGAGGUGCAAAAGUGCUAAAAGUGUCCACUUCGAACGUACCGGGAUCAAACAAGCUGACUUUUCUGCCUCCACUGAAGAUAUAAUUUUGCUAAGCAGAGGAUUUAAACACGUGGAAAUUUCUGGAGUUGUGGUUCAGGAAAUUGUUGAAGUCUAUCGACCCUUUUUUGAAGCUAAUGGUGCACCUGUGGAUUUUAGGGGAGGUGUGUAUCGUAAUUAGAUUUUUGGUAUGCGUUUGAUUGGAGACCGUGUGGUUAGUAAUUUGUCUGGUUUUUGAGUACGCUAAAACCGUGUUAAACUGUUUUAAUGUUAUCCACUAAGAUAAUGUCAUAGAAUUUAGUUCUUAGAAUUGACUAAUAAUACUUAAUUUGACUUGAACCACGAAUGGUUUUGUAAUAAAAAAACAAUGAAAAGUUUA